AUGUCCGAUGUGAUUUUCUAUUUGGACUUUCCCAAAGAUUGUCCAGUAACAAAGGCAAGAGUAACUGCGGGAUCAGUGCAAAAAAAUAACAACACAAAGAAAAUGUUUAACUACGCUUUGGAAAAACCUUGCCAACACUUCGUUUUAGGCCCCAUACUAGUAGAUGCAUUCAACUUAAGUAGUUCUUGUAAAAUUAAAAAGGGGCAGUACACGGUCCAUGUUGAUAUGCAGGAAAAAUGUAGAAUGUUCCUGGGGUCCAACUUCUUCUACGGUAUUUACACGUUCAAAAUAUUGGCAUUCAACAACGUCAACAAUUUUUUCUGUGUCAAAAGCGAAUUAGAAGCUGGAAAGCUAUAAAGUGAAUAUUACGUCACUUGAAGAGUAAAAUAUUGUCUUAUAGAAUUUUAUUGUCAUUGCCUUUUCCCGAA